GGAGCAGAGGGUGACCGGAGUCAUCGUCUUCAUCCUGACCGGGGUGUCUGUCUUCAUGGCUCCCAUCCUGAAGUUCAUUCCCAUGCCGGUGCUCUACGGCGUCUUCCUCUACAUGGGCGUCGCCUCCCUCAACGGCGUGCAGUUCAUGGACCGCCUGAAGCUGCUCCUGAUGCCUCUCAAACACCAGCCCGACUUCAUCUACCUGCGGCACGUCCCGCUGCGCAGGGUCCACCUCUUCACCUUCCUGCAGGUGGUGUGCCUGGCCCUCCUCUGGAUCCUCAAGUCCACCGUGGCCGCUAUCAUCUUCCCCGUCAUG